UUUUACCAGUCAAACUUAGUUCCGUCGUGUUGUUAAUUUAGCUAACAUUAGCAUAAAGCAGGUUCAGUAUAAAUGUGUAAUGUCUCUUUAACUGCGCGUGGCUUCACUGCCUUGUGUAAACAUUACCGUGAGCUCUACUAUUACACAGAGCGCUGCAACAGCCAGUGCCAGAAGUUCAGAAAGAAGUGGAUGAGAAAGGAACAGAGAGGAGAGAAGUCGUCGAAAGUACAAUUGAUCAUAGGAGGUCUUCUGCGAGCACGGGUCUCCCUGUGGAUCCGUCGUUGUGUCUGAUGGGAUUCCCUGUCUGGAACCCUCACCAGGAAGUGGGCAGGUGAGACGCACCUGUUCCGAGCGCAGGCUGAAACUCAACACCGAUUAAAGACAACCGUGCUGGGAAACGUUUUGGAUGUCUGCGUGAUAUGCGGACACAAAUAACGUGUGAAAUCAUACAAAACAGCUGUUCGUUGAUAAAAAGAAGACAUGGAUAUAAACCUUUAACUAGGCUUCAAAGCCGGAUUACGCGUUGGGUUUUUAAAACCUCCCCUUCCUGAUACCUACAGGUGGGACGUGAACGUGUAACACGAGUUUCAGGUACUGUUAUGGGGAAUCAAGUGGAAAAACUUACACAUUUGACUUACGACGAAUUACCCACGGCUGACCCUAAUGGAUUCGAGCCGGAGGAUGACACGCCACGGAUCGGAGUGUCUUAUAUUUUCUCGGCUGACGACGACGAGCAGGAGAACAUUGACGAGAAGGAACGGGAUCCGAAUGAAGAUGACACAAACUACGACUGCCUCAACGAAUUACAAUGUGCGGUGUAUUAUCGAGACGAGUGUGUCUAUGAGAAAAGCAGUCUGUUCGUCGAAACGGGGAGCUUAUCGGUGGAGAACUUGCUGAAUAAGUGCAAACCCGGCGACCUGGUGGAGUUUGUGGCUCUCGGGCAGUACCCACACUGGGCAGUGUGUGUCGAUCAUCAUUCACAGGUGGUUCAUUUGUAUAGAAAUGAAAUCAAACGCGACUUUCUUUACGAGGCAAGUCAAGGUAAACGAGGCAGAAUUGUAAACGACCUUUAUAAGUUUCGGGCGCUGUGCCCUGAUGUUGUUGUGCAUAAUGCCAUGGAGCAGGUCGGGAUGAAAGACCGGGACAUAUGCUGGAAGAACUCGGAAUGUUUCGCCGCUUGGUGCAAGUUUGGCAAACGUGAAUUUAAAACCGGAGGCGAAAUACGAAUUGGGAAGCAGCCAUACAAGAUGAAGUUACAGCUGUCGGAGAAAAAGAGUCACGUUUUGGAGUUUCAAUGUUUGGAGGAUUUGAUCAUGGAAAAGAGGAGAAAUGACCAAAUGGGGAGAGAUGCUUUCAUCCAGGAGCUGGAGAAUCAUUUAAAUUGCACUGAUGACACACAAAAUGACUACAAUAGUAACUAAUGGAUCAAAAAGGGAGCUUCUCUUAUUGACAAAUAACAGUCUCAUCAUGGAGGAUAGACUCUAUUUGUGUGACAUCAUCCAUGGCAGUGUUGUACUUUUUGGUCUAAAAAGUGUUUUUGUCUGAAGUAAAUUGGACACUUUUACAUACAUGGAAAUAAAAUUCAGUAUAAGUUAUACUUUUUAUAAUCAGUACAUCCUUCGCUUUGUCAUAUUAACAUCCAAAGAAACAUUCUGAGAGCGUUUCCAGUAAUGACAUCAUUGAAAGUGUCUUGUUCAAGUAGCCUAUUUUUUGUUUGACAACUUAUUCCAUCUCAUCCUUACUGUUCCGUUCAUAUCGUAUUUCAAUGUGUCAAUAAAAUAUAUGUAUUAUUUCUA